UUAUUUUAAGUUUUAAAUAUUAACUUUAAAAAUAAAGAAAAUUUAUUAAUCAUGAUUUAUAUAAAUUAUAUUUUUGUAAGCGCAUAUUUUGUAGAUCUAUGUCAUAUUGAUUUAGAAAAUAGUUAUUUAUGUGAUUAUAAAAUAUUUUCGAUAUUAUGAGUAGCUAUAACAUUUUUUAAAUAGUCUGUUUAAAUAUUACCUAUUGUUUUUAGAAAAUGCGAUAUUUGUGGUUUUUUGUUUUAAUUAAAAAUUAAAUUUUGUGUGGUCAUUUCUAAAUGAAUAAAUGAUAAGGCGAGCACUAUAUAUAUAUAUAUAUAUAUAUAUAUAUAUAAGUACACAUGUGUUUUCUUAGUGGUAAAAGUAUAUCUGCAAUAAUGAUUUUGAACGCAAACUGUAAAGUAUAAACCAAUGAUGACGGUCCAAACAAAUCAAAGAUAUUUUUAUGCUAAUAUUAUGGUUGUGGAGACAAUAACGUAUCAAAGAGGGUCCACAUUUACAUAAAUCAGACGUUAGACUUUCUGUUAAUCCAAAUUUUGAUCUGCAGUGAGAAUUUACCAGUCUCCAUAAUUACAUAGAUCGCAGACCCCAUGAUACUUUGUCACCCACUUAAUCUUAAUUUUAUUACUUAAUCACUUCUUAUAAUUAUUAAUUGCUGCCUUCAAGAAAGGGUAUCACAAUGUUCAAUUUUAGCAUACAACUUUACCUUGGAAGCUAAAUCUCAAUUAUUAAGACACGUUCAUGUGUCUAUAAUUAUGCCUGAAAUCUUGAAUUUGGUGUGCUCUCAAACUAUCCAUCAUUAAUAGUAACCCCUCAGAUUUAUUUCGUCAAAAUGUCAACCAUCUAAAGAAAAUGUGCAAGUUCAUCGGCGAAAUUUAAAUGUAUACAUUUUGUGCAUAAGAUAUCAAAAUUUCAUAUGCCUUCGAAAACAAAGAAAGCAAAACUUAAUUUUGAGAAAAAAAAACGAAUUUUGUUUGUGUUUCCAAAAGAGCACGUAGACAAAUUGUUAAACCAUGUUUAAGUAAAGAACCUGAUUUCCACUCUAAUUUUCAAUAUUAUAUAGUGUAUAUAUCAGUAUUUAUAGAUAGGCAUGCUAUGAUUCAAGGAAUCUCUUAAAGAAACCAUACACUAACUUUUGUCUUAAGAUACCUAAGCUAUACAAACAAUAUCAUUGUCACUACAACAAAUAUAGGUAUUCAUAGCAGAUUAAGAUAGCACAAUUUUCCUAACUGCUAUGGAAAGGUAUUUGGAAGUCUGCCUCGCAAAGUUAUAGCACUUUACUUAUGCUAUGCCGAAAAUUCGGUAAAGUGAAAAAAAAAACUCACUAAUCACCCAAGUUUUUAGAAUAAGCGCCAACACUUAGUGAAAAAAAUGGAUUUAGGCGGUAUGUUUUAAGAACAUAUACUUUUGAUAGCAUUAAAAAAAAAAAAAGAAAGGGAUCGGAUUUACUUACCUCGUUCUCUCCGUCUUCCCUUUCUUCUCCACCUCCAUCGAGCUCAAAGCUCUAUCCACCAUCUCCGACUCGUUUCUCCAUCUUCCCUUCCUCUCUACAUCCUCUCUCCACCAUCUACGACUCCAUCGCCCACCAACCCUUCCUCCCCACAUCAUCUCUCCACCAUCUCCGCCGCGUUUUCUCCAUCUUCCAUUCCUCUCCACAACCUCUCUCCACCAUCUCCGCCUCGAUCUCUCAUCUUUCACCAUCCGUAAUCUCGUCGCUCAUCCUAACAGAGUAUACAAUUGGAUUCAGCCAUCAUCAUCUCCAAUUUCAAAUCCGAGACUCUAAUUUAAGAGUGAGGUCUUAAAUUCAAUUGAUCCAAGUUGUGCAUGUAUAUAGGUCUUAGUUUUGAUUGAUUGAAGUUGUGAAAGUAAAUAGGUGUUAGAUUCGAUUGAUUCAAGUUCUGAUUAAUUUCAUUGUUAUCGGUUCAUAUUUGUUUCCAUUAAUCAGUUCUUUUUUUGUUUUGCAGGUGCGGGUUCGUGACUUCACAAGCUUGCGUCUUCUAUAUUCUGUCGAGGUUAGACACAUCGAUCACUUAUUCACAUUAUCUAAUAGUUUGUAUACUUUUGUAGACAUUUACCUAGUUGUUUGCGGUUUAGACAUUGAAGCAAAAUUUAUAUUGUCAUUGUUGCUUGAACCAUGUACACUUUUUGGAAUUUUGGCAAGGGUCCUAAUAAUGUUGGACAAGUCGUGGGUUCAUAUAAGUAGGUAUGUACAUUUCCCUAAGUGUUCAGGUUAUAGAAUUCCAAAAAUUCGCGUCAUAACUUUUUUUUUCAUGAACUUAAGAGUUGAUUCUGCAUACGAGAGAGCUGCCCGAGCUUUUGUCAAUGGUGUUACUGAUAAGUUAGGAGUUAAUGGGAAGAUUGUAUGUCCAUGCGCCCGAUGUCGUAAUCUGUAUCGCCAUACAAGUGAGGAGGUUGUCUCUCAUUUGGUUAUAAAUGGAAUGGAUGAUGCUUACAAGGUACGGACGGAUUGGUUUCACCAUGGAGAUGGUAGCUCUGUUGAUGUAGUGGAUGUUAAAGAUAGAUGCUGGAAUGCUGAGAUUCUUAGUUUAUAUGAAGCUGCAAACUUUGUAGAUGAGGAUUUAGCCAACCGGGGUUCACAGUUACGUGAGUCAGUUGAGGGUGAGGACAGGAAAGAAGAUGAGUUUUUAGCAAAACUUGCAGAGGCUGAAACCCCCUUGUAUCCGACGUGUUCUAGUCAUAGCAAGCUAUCAGCUGUAGUUUCUUUGUUUAGGAUUAAGUCUCAGAAUGGGUGGUCAGACAAGAGCUUUGAUGACUUGCUGCAAACAUUGCCAAAUAUGUUACCUGAAGACAAUGUGCUGCACACAUCAACUUAUGAUGUCAAGAAGUUUUUGAAAACUUUUGAUAUGGGAUAUCUAAAGAUUCAUGCUUGUGUUAACGACUGCUGCUUAUUUAGAAAGAAGCUGAAGACGGCUGAGAGUUUCCCAACAUGUAAAGCGUCUAGAUGGAAGACCAACAUGCAUACUGGUGAAAUCAAGAAGGGUGUUCCACAGAAGGUUUUGAGAUAUUUUCCGGUGAUACCUCGUCUGAAAAGGAUGUUCAGAUCGGAGAAACUUGCAAUGGAUUUACGAUGGCAUUUCAAUAACAAGAGCACAGAUGGGAAACUCCGACAUCCAGUAGACUCUGUUACUUGGCAGUCAAUGAAUGACAAGUAUCCGUCGUUUGCAGCGGAGGAGAGGAAUUUGCGACUUGGGCUUUCAACAGAUGGGUUUAAUCCCUUUAGUAUGAAGAACAGCCGAUACAGUUGCUGGCCUGUGUUACUGGUGAAUUACAACAUGGCUCCUGACCUAUGUAUGAAGGAGGAGAACAUAAUGCUCAGUCUGCUGAUUCCAGGACCACAUCAGCCGGGUAAUAGUAUAGAUGUUUACUUAGAGCCGUUGAUUGAAGAUUUAAAACAGUUGUGGUCAAUAGGUGAGCCAACGUAUGAUGCAGUUAGUAAGACUACCUUUACCCUUAAGGCAAUGCUACUUUGGACUAUUAGUGAUUUCCCGGCUUACGGGAAUCUUGCUGGUUGUAAAGUGAAGGGUAAAAUGGGUUGUCCUAUAUGCGGGAAGCACACAGAUAGUUUGUGGCUGAAGAAUAGUAGGAAGUUUGUAUUUAUGGGCCACCGGAAAAGUUUGCCUCCCUUGCAUAGUUUUAGAGGAAAGAAGGCUUGGUUUGAUGGGAAAACGGAACAUGGGACGAAGGGAAGGGUACUCACAGGCAGGAAUGUCUCAUAUGUGUUGAGAAAUUACAAGAAUGUUUUUGGUAAUAGAAAACAGUCUGGGAAAAAGAGGGCUACUCGAGUUGACAUACCAUCUGAUAAGGAAGAUGAACUAAGUGGAUCUGAUGAGGAUGAAGAUGUAGGAGAUAAAGACGAAGAGGAAUUGUCUAGAUGGAAAAAACGUUCCAUUUUUUUCUCAUUGCCUUAUUGGGAGGAGCUCCCUGUUCGGCAUAAUCUAGACGUUAUGCAUGUGGAGAGGAAUGUGGCUGCAAGCUUGAUUGCGACAUUGUUACAUUGUGGCAAUUCAAAGGAUGGUCUAAAGGCUAGAAAGGAUCUUGAAAGUCUUGGUAUCAGGAAGGAUUUGCAUCCAAAAGCUCAGGGUAAAAGGACAUUACUUCCACCAGCUCCCUGGUCUUUAUCAAAGUCAGAGAAACACAUCUUCUGUAAGCGGCUAUAUGAUUUUAAAGGUCCUGAUGGCUACUGUGCUAAUAUAUCUAGUUGUGUAUCAUUAGAGGAGUGUAAGGUGUUGGGACUCAAAUCUCAUGAUUAUCACGUCCUAAUGCAACAACUACUGCCAGUAGCAAUCAGGGGCUUACUACCUAAGGGUCCUAGGGUAGCCAUUCUCCGCUUAUGCGCUUUCUUCAACCUUCUAUGCCAACGAGUAAUCGAUAUGGAACAACUUCAGCAAAUGGAAUCUGAAAUCGUGGAGACUCUCUGCAUUUUUGAAAGAUUUUGGCCACCAAGUUUCUUCGACAUCAUGGUUCACUUGUGUGUGCAUCUAGGCAGAGAAGCUAGACUUGGUGGUCCGGUCCAUUUCCGAUGGAUGUAUCCAUUUGAAAGGUAUGUUCUCCACUGAAAAAAUUAUUAAUCUUCCUAAUGGACUUACUAAUCAAAUUCUAUGUUCUUUUAAAACAGGUAUAUGAAAGUGUUGAAAGACUAUGUCAGAAACACAGCAAGACCAGAGGGGUGUAUAGCUGAGUCUUAUCUUGCGGAUGAGUGCAUGAAGUUCUGCUCGGCAUUCUUGACUACUACAACAAAUGUGCAAGAAAAAGAGGACAGAAACACUGAGUAUGAGAGUAAGUCCAUCCUCGAAGGUCGUCCUAUAUCAGCCGCCCGCUCAUUCCAAUUUUCAGAAGCAGAGUUGAAAAUAGCUCAUCUUGCUGUAAUACAGAACACGGCCAUGGUGGAUCCAUAUGUUGAGUAAGUUUCUCUUAGUAUAUAUAACACGGCCAUGGUGGAUCCAUAUGUUGACUUUUAUAAGAUUUCAGUGUUGAGGUUUGCUUUUUCCAUUUGCAAGUGCUCAUUUACAACAUCUACAAGACUCGAAUAGUAGAUGUCAAAGGGAUGCAACAUAUUUAUGGCGUAUGCACACUGAAAAAUUUGCAGCGUGGCUAAAGCAACAGGUCUGCUAGUACUGUAUAUGUUUCAAUUCGAUUUUAUACCAUGUUGUGUAGCUAACAAUUUUUAAUGGAAUAAAUUUUAGAUAUCUAUUGAUUCACCUGAUGAGGAAGACACUCUGAAGUGGCUGGCUUAUGGUCCUCGUAGUAUAGCCAGAUCUUACACAGGCUACAUUGUGAAUGGGCUACGAUUUCACACAAAUGUGGUGCAUAGGCUAAGUCAGAAUAGUGGUGUUUACUAUGAAGCAACAGCAAUGUGUAGAUCUAGUGCAAAGGACACAGCUCAGGUGGUCGACGUUGUAUCCUACUAUGGGAGAGUAGUUGAUAUUAUAUUACUAGACUACAAUGGCUUCUACGUCCCAAUAUUCAGGUGUGAGUGGGCAGUUAAAGGUAACGGUGUGAAGGUAGAGGAUGGCUUUACGCUGGUUAAUUUUAAUCACAGCCACAUAUCCUUUGCAAAGGAUCCAUUCAUUUUAGCAUCUCAAGCGAGACAAAUAUUUUACUCAAGGGACACUGAUGAAUCGAGUUGGUAUGUAGUUAUGAAGGGUCCAUGUAGAAGAUACAGUGAUGAGAAACCUGAAGAUGGACAUGCAGAUGUAGGACCAUUGCCUUCGGAUAUAGAUAUGUGUCUGGAAGACAUAACAGAUGAGGCUGAGAAUGUCAGAGAUGAUUGUGAAGGAAUAUACGUUUGACAUAUCAGAUGAGUCUGAGAAUGUCAGAGAUGAUUGUGAAGGAAUAUACGUUUUUUUUUGGGUUUUCCAUGACAUUCUAGUUGGUUACUUUCCAAUGCAAUAUAUGAUUGAUUUCACUGA